AUGAAAAUCCUGAACUAUAUAUGCGGUCGCCCCUUGAGAAGCGGAGGGACGGCCCCUCUCAUUUACAACCCUAUUCGAAAGUGGCUAAUAAUUUUAAUGAUACUAUAUAUAUGCUUGUCUGUUUUGUCUUAUGGAGUAUUUUUAUACCCAAAGGCGUCAGACUUGCAUUGCUCCCCUUUGAUAGACUCUUUGUUCAGCUUUUCCUUGUCUAUAGGAGCCUCCAACCUCAUGGCUCCAUACUACUCCGUGAUUAGUUGCAGAGAAUGGGGAACGGAAAAUGAGUGGUCCGUGGUGGCAAUCGUUUCAGCCGCCAUGGCAAUUAUUGACUUGAGUUCCAGCUUCUACGGGAUAUAUGUACUGUGCACAAUUAUCGAUGUGGUUUUUACUAACAUUUCUGGGAUGCCUGACUGUACUUGUUACAAAGCUAUAGUUUUUUUUUUUGCAAAUGCUAGCUUAGUUUUCCUGCACUUAGUUGUUGCCAUAGUGAGCAUCGUUGCGUAUUUCGUACUCAUGGCGAAUAUAGAAAGACAGCUGGAAGAUAAUCGAAAUGUUAUUUGA